UUUUAGCUAUUCAACAUGAAGCAACCGUGGAUCGAGACGCCGCUGGUGUACUCUGUCGAGCUCUCCAAAUUGGCUGGAUGCCAAAUAUGGUUGAAGUUGGACAAUCUUCAACCUGCCGGUUCUUUCAAGUCUAGAGGUAUCGGUAAUGUGGUCCGCACACACGCGCAAGCAUCCUUGGAUUCGGCUUCUUCCCCCAGACCUCACUUCUUCUCAUCAUCUGGCGGAAAUGCUGGCCUUGCCUGUGUCACCGCCGCUACGACGCUUGGCUAUCCGUCAUCGGUCAUCGUUCCUAUGUCUACGAAACCCCAUAUGAUUGAGCUUCUCAAGCUAGCCGGUGCAUCUGAAGUCGUGCAAAAGGGAGCAACUUGGUUUGAAGCAGAUACCUAUCUUCGCGAGACGGUUUUACCAGCCCAUCCGGAAGGUGUCUACAUACAUCCUUUUGACAACCCAAUCGUGUGGACUGGAGCAGCGACAAUAGUCCAAGAGAUCGAUCAACAUCUGGGUCGACCGGCCGAUGUCAUCGUCUGCAGUGUUGGAGGUGGAGGAUUGUUCUGCGGCAUCAUGCAGGGAGUACAGGAUUCACCAACUCGAGUCAUCGCCGUCGAGACGCUGGGUGCAGAAUCUCUUCACCAGGCUGUCAAGGCUGGGGAAUUGGUCACAUUGCCCGGUAUCACAUCUCUAGCGACAUCAUUAGGCGCUACGAGGGUCUGCGCAAAGGCGUUCGAACAUGCUCGGGACGAUCCCCGUGUAUCGAGCGUGGUCGUCACGGACGCUCAGGCCGUCAAGGCUUGCAUGCGGUUUGCGGAUGAGGAACGCAUGCUGGUAGAGCCUGCUUGCGGGGCGACUUUGGCUAUUGCAUACGAAGGCAGACUCAAGGAUCUGAUACCGGAUCUGAAGAGGGAGACCGUGGUGGUUCUGGAGGUAUGUGGAGGGAAAAAUGUCUCUUUGCAGCAUUUGCAAGAUUGGAAAGAGACUUUCGGAGGGCCAUAGUGGAAUCACGAACACGCUACUCGAAAUGCAUGCCUGAGUCCAUCUCAGCAUGCCCCAUAUGUCGAUAAGUAGCACUGCACGCAAACAUGCCGCACCCUUUCGGUCAUAAGCGAAAGCCGGUAGCCGCUUCGGGCAGAGAUCUAUGUAAUAGCAUUGCAA